AUGCGCGUUUCUACUUUGGAGCUGACUCCUGUGAUGUACACAGACAUUCCAACCGUCACGAGAUGCUGCUUCUGCGUACCUUUGAGAUUUGGCCUUAUGUUAUUGGCCUAUUUAUCACUUUUAGCAAACGUCUCGCUCUUGGUUCUGGCUCUGGGGUUACUCUUCGUCAUACUCGUUCUAAAUGAGAGCAGCGUGUACACGGCAGUUACGAUUUUCACAAUUACCCUCCUGGUGGCCGACGUCGCCUUCACAAUCAUACUCAUCGUGGGAGCUCAACAAAGAAAGAUUUCGCUGUUGCGUCUCUACAAUAGAUACGGCAUCGCGUGUGUUGCCCUCAUCAUGGUCCUGGGCCUUAUUUGUAUUGUUUAUGAAGUAAGCUUUACGACUAGAUCACUCAUGAACAAAUGGGAAAUACUUAUUACUGGUUCGUCGUUUGCAGCGGCCAUUUUGAUACUGCACAUCUAUCUACUGCUACUGACGCAUAGUAUCAUUGUUAAGAUGAAAUCGAGCUGCCAGUUUAGAUUUGUUAACCACACGUCGGAUCCGGAAUGCUUUUUACAACCGUCCUAUGAGGAAGGAAAA